GAUUCGGAAAGACGCUCCGUCUCUACCACCAACUUAUCCAAGCACACAGACCCGGUCAUAACCAAACGCCUGUCCGCAUCAUCUGCCACACUCUUAAACUCACCAGACAGAGCCUUACAGAAAAGGACUGCCUCCUCUCCCCACAUUAAUAAACAGAGCAGCAAACUCCGCUCGCCAAGACAGAAGAGUGUCGGUAACAUACAUGCAGCUAUGCGUCGUUUGCCGUUGACACCAUGGGAGAAUAACAUGGUCAGUCGUCUGUUGACCCCCACACACUCCUACCUGGCCAGAAGCCGUAGCGCCAUGUCAUUGUCUGGAGGAGAGACAGUGAUGCCCAUUUGUCCCCGCUCAGCCUCCUGUCAUCCAAUGAGCUCCCUCUCCUUCAAGUCCCUCCAAUCCCGCAGCAGCACCGAUCGGCCAAUGAAGGCAGGCCUGAGCAUGGAACGGCCAAUCAGGGCUGGCUACACUGCCCCUGACCCCGGCUCCCGGAGGAGAACCACUCAGAACACAACGGGGGAGAAACACCCAAAGGAGUACGUGCGUAAGUCCUGGAGUAGCUUCUCUUUGCCUCUGAGCUCCCAGCCCAUCAUCAGCGGCGCCCCUCAGCCCAAAGCCAAGAGGGCCCAGUCCCCCGGUAGCCAGCACAGCAGAGCCAAAGCUCCUUCACCUGCCAGAUCUUCCACAAAGUCCUCUCAGAAGCCCCCGACACCCAAACACCUAAAGUCUCUGCAGCCUGGCCAGGAGUACUCUGGCAUCACUCCGCCUCUGUCUCCUGGCAACCUGAAUCUGUCGCCGGGCAACAUGCGGCCCAGCCGGACAAUGCCAGAGCUGUACAGGGCUGCAGAGGAGGAAAGCACAGAAGGAGAGGGGAAGGAGACCUCUUCUCCAGUGGUGAAGUCAGCAGGCACCACCGACCCUGAAGAAGCCUCUCGCCUGCUGACAGAGAAGCGCAGACAGGCCCGCGAGCAGAGAGAGAGAGAAGAGGAGGAACGCCGGUUACAAGAGGAGGCAGAGAGACGCAGCCGUGAGGAGAUGGCUCGUAGGAAAGCAGAGGAGCGUGCACGCAGGGAGGAGGAGGAGAAGAAGAGAGAGGAGGAGCAGAAAUUUAAAGAUGAGGAGCAGAGACUUAAAGAAGAGGAGGAGAGUGCAACCCAGGCUGAGAGGGAGAGAGAGGAGGCAGAGCGCCUACAGAAACAGAGAGAGGCAGAGGAGGCUCGCCAGCGUGAGGAAGCUGAGCGCCUGCGUCAGGAGAGAGAGAAGCACUUCCAGAAGGAGGAGGCAGAACGCCAGGAGCGCAAAAAGAGAUUGGAGGAGAUCAUGAAGAGAACACGCAAAUCAGAUCAGAAAUCACCACAACAGAGAAAUGGAGAAAAAACAGGGGAGACAGCAUCCCCACCAGCACCUCUGUCAGCCCUCUCAGAGACACACACACUUACACUGCAGAGUCCUGAGUCAGGAGAGAGCACACCGACAGAGGUCCAUCCGAGGGAGAAUGGCGUCACCAUAGAUACAGGAACCUUUGAGCAGGUCAUCGAGGUUCCCAUGGAAACGAAGAUGCCCCGGGCGGAGGGUGACGGGCAGGAGGAAGAGGAGCAGGAAGACGACGAAGGCCCCCGGAGCCCCAUCAUCGCCUUCCGAGAGAACGGCCAGAGCCAGCACCAAGCAGAUGUGGUGUGAGCAAUCAAGACAGCAUGGGGGAAGGAGAAGGAGACUGAGCGAGAAAGAGGAGGUUCGGACGGAUAGCAUCUCACCCGAAGGUCUCCCGGCUGGCUUCCUGUGGGCGUGGCCUGGAAAGGAAACUCUGUUUCUUCCUCCCCAUUCCUGCUGACCAAAACAUCAACUUAUAACAACGACCGCCCCCCAUGCCACUUAGUACAGUCUCAGACUAGAGAGCAAUGAGGUCCAAACCACUCUGAGAUUGAAAUGGGGGGUGAGCGGCCUCUCUCUGGGUAUGAAUCAAUUUUCUGUGUUUUGAUUCGGCAGGCUGAUCGCUGAUGUAUUACUUGAAGACUUCCUCGUACUGUAGUUCUGUCAGCAGGCAGGUAAACAGGUGUUUGCGCUGUUGGUGGGGGGAAGGGGGUGAAAUAAAAAAUAAAUGAAAAAUAA